CAGCAGCACCGGCACCAGUACCAGCAUCAGCAUCGAAGUCCGACAAUGCCGGGUGCAUUCUCGCUACAUCCUUUUUCCUUUUCUUCCAGAUGAUAUCUCAUGUCCUCAGGCACUGCCCUACAUUUGACCUCUACCCUGCCGUCUGAAAUGGCCUGCUGCUUGCUGCUGGUCUGGCCCGUUUCGGAUAAGCGACCUGUCCAUUUUGCAUCCCUUCUCAUCACACAGAGCGCGCGGGAUGCAGUCAGUGGCGGCGCGCUGCAGCGAUGGAAAGACCCCACAUGUGCCUCCCUCCCUCCCUCCAACCUGGAUCCCGGUUGCCUGCUUCGCCUCAAUGCUCUCGCGUACACGACUCUGCAUCUCAGUUCGCGUGAGUCGAGAAGAAAUGACACCACGCCACAAAGCAGGUACAUCACAGUGGUUAGCCACGCGACUCUGCCUGCAGCAGCUAUCCCUCCCGUCUCGAAGAGGGAGGGAGGUCGUCGCCUCGCAACAGCUUGUUGGCCCGCUGGAUCCAGUGCUGACGCACCAUCUCGGAUACCCGCAGCUUGGUCCUGGACGGUUCCUUUCUUUUCCCACCUUCUUCUUCCCUCUUGUCCUAUGAGCUUGUUUUAUGUACACUACAGAAAGAAGGUUGAAUGUACGGAUACCGGCGGACCACAUUAGCCCUGUCCUUGUCCUUGUCAGGCUCUGCUUUUACCUUUGCCGCGAGUCGGUCGGUCUCUUGCAUUUUUAUAUUGCUCGGCAUAUUAUUCUUGGGGUUUUGGCCCCUUCUCCUCGCCCCAUUACCACUGCUGGUCUAAUGACAACGGCCAAGUUCCCCCCCUGUUCCCUCCGUUACCGACCUCUUUCUGUAUUCCUUUCGUGGGAGUCGGCAUCGGGCCAGGUCAGCCGGGUCUCGUUAGGAUCGACC